ACCACCAACAUAAAUCAUGAAUCCACUUUCAAAGAUGAAGGUAAUUUUGAUCUUAUUUUCAAUUGUUUUAUUUCCACUUUUAGUGCAAUCUUCUCAAGUUCUUGAUAACUUCUUACAAUGCCUUCCUAAUCAUACCAACCACUCUAACCCAAUUUCUCAAGCCAUCUACACACCCCAGAACACCACGUUUAACCAUGUUCUGAAUGCAUACAUCAGAAACCUUAGAUUUAUAAAUCCGGCGACACCAAAACCGCUUGCUAUUAUAACUGCCAACGACGAGUCUCAUGUCCAAGCAACUGUUAUUUGUGCCAAAUCUAACGGCUUGCAAAUCAGAAUCCGUAGCGGCGGCCAUGAUUAUGAAGGUCUUUCGUAUGUUUCGACCGUCCCUUUUGUCAUUCUUGACAUGUUUAAUCUCCGAUCCAUUGAUAUAGACAUCGGUAAUGAGACCGCUUGGGUUCAAACAGGGGCAACCCUAGGUGAACUUUAUUAUAAUAUAGCUAAUGUUAGCAAAAUCCACGCUUUUCCCGGUGGGGUUUGCCCUACCGUCGGCGUCGGGGGUCACUUUAGCGGCGGAGGUUACGGUAACAUGUUGAGGAAAUUCGGUCUUACGGUAGAUAACAUCGUGGAUGCUCGGCUAGUUGAUGCGAAUGGUAAUUUACUUGAUAGAGAAUCCAUGGGAGAAGAUUUGUUUUGGGCGAUUCGCGGCGGCGGUGGAGGGAGUUUCGGUGUUAUUAUCUCCUGGAAGAUAAAAUUAGUUCAAGUUCCUCCCGUCGUCACCGUGUUUCUCGUCAACCGGACGGUGGACGAAGGCGCUACUGAUGUUGUUUACCGGUGGCUGCAAGUUGCAAGCGAAUUGGAUAAUGAGCUUUUCAUCAGAAUAAAAUUCCAUGCAGAAAACAGUAGUGUCCGACAUGAUCGGACAACGAUUAAAGCUGCUUUCUACGGUUUGUUCUUAGGACAAACGAAUAACCUUAUUUCUCUGAUGAAUUUAAAAUUCCCCGAAUUAGGGUUACACGAAAAAGACUGUAACGAAUCGAGUUGGGUCGAGUCGACACUCUUCUGGGCGGAUUUUCCGGCAGGAACACCAACUGAAGCAUUACUUAACAGAACUUUACAGACACAGGUGUUUUUCAAAAGCAGAUCAGAUUACGUUAAGAAAAUAAUUCCAAAGCAAAACUUGGAGCAAAUAUGGAAAAUGUUAGCCAAAGUAGAGAACAUGUACAUGCAAUGGAACCCUUAUGGAGGAAAAAUGAGUGAAAUUUCAGAAUCUGAAACUCCAUUUCCUCAUAGAAAAGGUUACUUAUUCAAGAUUCAGUAUUAUACAGCUUGGUCUGAUCAGGAAGAAGGGAAUUUUGGGUCCAAUUAUUAUAUAAAUUUGUCAAGAAAAAUGUACAAAGGCAUGGCUUCAUAUGUGAGUAAGGAUCCAAGAGAGGCGUUUCUGAACUAUAGGGAUCUUGAUAUUGGAAGUAACCCUAGCAAUGAUACCAAUUUUCAGGAAGCUCAAGUUUAUGGUGGCAAGUAUUUCAAGAACAAUUUUUUGAGGUUGACUAGUGUCAAGAAAAGGGUGGAUCCUGAUAAUUUUUUCAAAAAUGAACAAAGUAUUCCUCCAUUGCCUUAAUAGUGAAGAAGUUCCAUGAAAAAAUGAAGUUAGUUUAUUUUGUUGA